AUGUCUAAAGACUUCAUCAUCAAGCACAUGAAUGCCGAUCAUGGCGACUCCCUACAGCUCUACCUGCAAGCAUUCAACAACAUCAGCGCUCGCGAAGCCCACGGUGCCCAGAUUGAAGAUCUCACUCUCUCCAACCUAGUCAUCCGUGCCAAUGGAACCCGCUACAAUGUCCCCAUUGAUCCCCCCAUGAAGGAUUUCAAUGAAUCCCGAGGUCGCCUGGUCGCACUGCACAAGGACAGUCUGCAGCGCCUAGGUCGCUCCGACAUCACUUUAACUGAGUACCGAGCUCCACAGGGAGUGGUCCAGAAUGUGGUCUUUGCGCUGUGUCUCUUCACCUACGUGAGCUGCUUCCAACGCAGCAAUCUGCUACCCGGCUCAUUCGUCUACGAAAACCUCGGAUACAAGUACGUUCCGGACUUUGCACACUUUGUCUACAAUAUUCAGCCGCUACUGUUCCCGGUUAUGGUCGGCAUUCAUGUCAUCGAGUCAGGUCUUUUGGCAAUCCUCAAGUUGAAGCCGCAUGGCGUUCCAGUCUUUUCGGGGUUGUGGUGCAAAUGGAUGGCUUCAUGUUUUGUGGAAGGGUUUGGAUGUUUCCAGCGGAUUGCGGCGUUUGUGAAGGAGGAGCGGGCGAAGAAGGGCGGGAAGAGCCAGUAG